AUGGCCGACCGUGACCAGCCAUACGAUCCCUAUAUUCCAUCAAACUCAAAUCAAAAUGGAGCAGCCAACAGCGGGAACCAGAGAACUGCUGCGCUGCAAGCGCAAAUUGAUGAUACAGUUGGCGUUAUGAGAGAGAAUAUCAAUAAAGUAUCGCAGCGAGGUGAACGUUUAGAUUCACUCCAGGACAAAACGGACAACCUAGCUGUCUCCGCACAAGGCUUCCGCCGUGGCGCCAACCGGGUCCGCAAGCAGAUGUGGUGGAAGGAUUUCAAAAUGCGGAUAUGCUUAAUUGUCGGAAUUAUAAUCCUUCUAGUUAUCAUCAUUGUUCCAGCAGUCGUCGCCACUAACAAGGGGAAAUAA